GAGGAGCCAAAAUUGAGCCAAAAAUAAUCCAAGCAAUCGCCGUAGCAGGAAAACAAGACAAGUAUUUAAAACAAACCGGUCAAGUAGAAAAUUGAUUGAUUAAUCGGAUAUAAUCGGGCGUCUCGUUUAGCGCGAAUCGGUCCCAGAAAAAACAUUGCGAAAUGCCGAUCGCGAUUUUGAAAUCCGUGCGAGAAGUCAGCAGCGAGGAUCCGGUGCAUGUGGCCGAGAAUCUGCUGAAGGAAAACGCCGGCAAGAAAUGGAAGACGCAAGCGGUCGGCGAGAAGUCCGCCUAUGUGAUACUGGAGUUUGCCGAUCCGCAGCAGGUCACCGGCAUCGACCUUGGCAAUGAGCACGCCGCCUUCAUUGAGGUACUCGUCAGCCGGACGGGCUGCAAGGCGGACGACUUCAAGGAACUUCUUCUCUCCAGCUCCUUCAUGACACCCAUCGAGAGCAAGAACUCCAGCAACCAAAAUCGUGUUCGCUGUUUCGGCAGCUCAGCCCUUGACUCCACCGCACUGCCCGAGAAAUGGAAGCUUUUGAAAAUCGUCUGCACUCAGCCAUUCAACAAGCACGUGCAGUACGGUCUGUCCUUCGUCAAGGUUCACGUGACGGCCCAAGCGGCUGCUACAAGUACCACAGCAGCUGCGUACAAAGCCAAAUCGCUGUUACCCGAGCGGAUAAUGCAAUUCGGGGCAUUCAAAAUGCGCGAGGAAUCGCCAGACUCCGAUACAGACACACCAUUAAUGCGCUUCAAGCGCUGGAAGGAGUCUCAGGGGUCAGCUGCUCCGGCCAGCACAGCAGCCGCCAUUCGAGACGCCCCUGCAGUGAUGCGACGGCUGAGCAACACAAAACCAUCGAGUCUUUCAGUGUCGCCGGCUCCCUCACCAGCACCAGCGCUAGUGUCGGCUUCAGCUUCACGUUCUGCCUCUCCUACUGGCGAUGGUAAGACGGAUGCAAAGCCUCUGGAUCGGAAUCGGGCUUCACUUUUAUUCGGAGAUGACGACGAUGACGAUAAUGCCGAUGAUAGGAAUCCGAGGAAGCAGCGCUGGAGCAAGCACCUUGAGGCCGACAAGGACAGGCGACGCGUGGAGCAGGAGAAGCAGGAGAAUGAGCGGAAGAAAGACAAAUCCAAGCGUCAUUCCAUAGACAAGGCGCCACCAAAAGUGGACAGCCCCAAGCCCAAGGAUAUUCCCAAGGAGAGAUCAAGGGAGAGCCACAAGCCAAGGGAGAGCGAGAACCCAAGGGAGAGCCACAAGUCCAGGGAUAGGGAUAGCGACAGAUCAAAGGAGAGUCCCAGACCGUCGGCUCAUAAGCGCCACUCAUCGCCCACUCGAGGCGCUGCCACGCCAGCCAAAAAGUUGAAGAUAAAAGAAAGCACCAUCCAGUAUCGACCCUUUAAUCAACUGCUGCGCGGCGUGGUCCUGGUCAUCAGCGGGAUACAGAAUCCCGAUCGCGCGGACCUUCGCUCAAAGGCAACGGCCAUGGGGGCCAGGUACAAGGCAGACUGGGAGUCCGGAUGCACUCAUCUGAUAUGCGCCUUUAAGAACACUCCCAAAUAUAGGGAGGUCAAAGGAAAGGGCAAGAUCGUGACCCGCAGCUGGAUCGAGAAGUGUCAUGCACAUAAGAAGUACUUGCCCUGGCGUCGAUAUGCCUUGGACACAGACGAAGUGGGCCGGCCAGAGAGCGAUGAGGAGCUGCACGACGAAUCACUGAAGCCAAAAGCCCGGCCAGAGCCGCAGCUGUCUGGCGAUGUCGAAAUGUCUGUUCCCGUGGUGGUGGAAAUAGAUGAUGCAGAUCAUAACCAGGAGAAGAAUACCAAUGUCACCCACAAUAUCUCUUCCGGUAUCGACACUGAAGAUGAACUGGAGCGCGUUGCACAUGAAAAUAUCCUAAAAAAGGCCGAGCGAGGCAAGCAGCAGGUUAAACCCAAGUCACGAGAUGUGUACGUUGUUAGCACGGAUGAGGAGGACUAUCUGGAAGAGAAAAAGAAGCAGGUCAAUGCUCUGUAGUCACCUUUUUUUAUUUAAUUUAAUUUUUGUGUAAGCCUAGUUAUUAAGUUUUCCACUGGCUGUUUACCUUGUACGCUUAAAGUACUUAUAUGUUAUGUAUUCGGUAAAGCCCUACACUUUUUUUUGAAUAUACAGUCCAACGCGCUCUGGCAUCGAUAACAUAUUUAUCGGAUAAAAUUA